AUGAAAAGUGAAUCAAAGUCUAAAGAAAAAAAGAAUUUCGAAAAUGGCAAAAUAUAUGUAGUAUAUGAUGAAAUUUAUAAUAUCCAUUUGAAGGAAAAAAAGCAGAGAAAUCACUAUGACAAAAUUGUAAGGUUCCCAAACCCAUUAGUGUUAAUAAUUAGAGCGUUAAGUGAACUGUACAAUUUGAAAGAUAAUGUAGAAUGUGUUUCCCGCAGCUGUCCCUUUGAAAUAGUAAAGACACACUGUUAUUUUAAUGGUGAAGAAAGGAGUGUAUAUGAAACAAUACUCCUAAUGCAUGCUAUGAGGGGUAAAAUUGAACUGGAAACUGGUGCAAGGGAGAAGACUAGUGACGAAGAAUCAACUGGCACGAGCUCAUUAGUCAAGAUACUGAACAACAGUACAUUAGACCUGUACUUAUUUCACAUUCUAAAUGAGUUUGGCCAAAUAUAUGAAUACUUUUUAUAUCUGCAUAAUAAAUGUUAUAAAAAUUAUACGCGCAAAUUUUUUAUAAAUAAAAACUACAAUUUUAUAAAAGGUUUUAUAAAAUUGAAACAUAUGAACAACUACAUAUCGAAGAAAUACAAAAAUGUAUCAUUUGAAACAAUAUUAAAUAAAUUUAUUAAGUUGUUGAAUUUGUUUGCUCAUAUGGAGAAGAAUUACGAACGAAUCGAAUAUGUUAUUUUUUAUGUGUAUUUUUACACAUUUUUAAAUAUACCUAUUUAUUUUUACCCAUGGAAUUGUGAAAGUAGAAAUGGCUAUAAUAGUGACAAUAACAUUUUUAAAAUGUUAAGUAGAAAAAUACUCCUAGAUGGGAAUAUUAAUAUGAUUAUGAAUCAAGUUGAAAGAAACAAAAAUCAUUUUUUCCUCUUCAUUUUAAAUAGCACAAUAGACACAACUGGUUAUACCGAAAUCUAUGAUUUUAACCUUGCUAUACUUACGAAUGAAGCCAAUGAAGAAAAUGAUAUUUUGCUUUUAAAUUAUGAUAAUAGAAAUGACUCUACCUUUCUGCGCAAUAAUUAUGCCUUUUUUGAAAACAAGGAAAAGUACAUUCAUUUAUGUGAAUAUAACUUAUUAAAGGGUAUAGGUUAUAAUUCUUUAAAGCAAUUUUACAAACCACAUUUUUAUUAUUUAACAAUUUUGAGAAAAAUGUUUGUGUUUCAUAAAAAAAUGAAAAUAAUUCAGUACUUUUUUCGUCUCUUAGCUGAACGAGUUGUUGAUAUGAAUACAUAUUACAAAAAAUACGUGAAAAAAGGUUGA